GCCUCACGCUCACGGCCCGGCUCAGCGCGACUCGGGUUCGCCUCCACUUUUCUCUUGGGGCCCUUCUUCUUGCGAGAGAAGAAUGCCAAGCACCGCGGCCGCCGACGAGGGUAGGUCGCCGGCGAGAAAUUUGCAAAAAUGGGACUGUAAAUAUUGGUCUCUGUAGUUUUGUCAUUGGCCCCACAUUUCAUAGGUAUAGAUGAUCUCACUGUGUCAUUCACUGGGAGUGGCAAAUUCACGAGUGGUCAGUGUUUCCAUAUUGCAAUUUUUUCGUCGCCGGAGGGGGUGGGACGAGGAUGGCCGAGGGUGGGGAGGACGUGCGCCGCCGCGCCGCAGUCGCCGAGUACCGCAAGAAGCUCCUCAGCUGCCGGGAGCUCGAGGCGCGGGCCAAAACAGGGAGGGAGAACCAAAAAAAUGCAAAGAAAAACUUGGGAAAAACUGAAGAGGAUCUCAAAGCAUUGCAAAGUGUGGGCCAAAUUAUUGGUGAGGUGCUUAGACCUUUGGACAAGGAACGGUUUAUCGUGAAGGCCAGCAGUGGACCACGCUAUGUUGUUGCUUGCCGAAGUAAAGUUGACAAAGAAAAGUUGAUUGCUGGUACAAGAGUUGUUCUUGACAUGACAACGCUUACUAUCAUGCGCACUUUGCCACGUGAGGUUGACCCUGUGGUUUACAACAUGCUACAUGAAGAUCCUGGCAAUAUUAGUUACUCAGCUGUAGGUGGCUUGUCAGAUCAAAUAAGGGAACUCAGAGAAUCCACUGAGUUACCGCUUAUGAAUCCGGAACUGUUUCUCCAUGUAGGGAUUAAGCCGCCAAAGGGUGUGCUACUCUAUGGUCCACCUGGAACUGGGAAGACGCUCCUAGCUAGAGCCAUUGCUAGCAACAUCGAUGCUAACUUUUUGAAGAUAGUUUCAAGUGCUAUCAUUGACAAGUAUAUUGGUGAAAGUGCACGCUUGAUUCGUGAAAUGUUUAACUAUGCACGUGAGCAUCAGCCAUGCAUCAUUUUCAUGGAUGAAAUCGAUGCCAUUGGUGGCCGAAGAUUUAGUGAGGGCACAAGUGCUGAUCGUGAGAUUCAAAGGACAUUGAUGGAGCUUUUAAAUCAGCUAGAUGGAUUCGAUGAGCUUGGGAAGGUGAAAAUGAUCAUGGCAACAAACAGACCUGACGUUUUGGAUCCUGCGCUCCUUCGGCCUGGGCGAUUGGACAGGAAGAUCGAGAUCCCGCUCCCGAAUGAGCAGGGGAGGAUGGAGGUCCUCAAGAUUCACGCAGCUGGCAUCGCCAAGCAUGGCGAAAUCGACUACGAAGCUGUUGUGAAACUGGCUGAGGGUUUCAACGGCGCUGAUCUGCGCAACGUCUGCACGGAAGCUGGCAUGGCUGCCAUUCGAGCAGAGCGCGACUAUGUUAUUCAGGAGGACUUCAUGAAGGCGGUGCGCAAGCUGAACGAGGCCAAGAAGCUCGAGUCCAGAGCGCACUACAGCGCUGACUUCGGCAAGGAGUGAAGGGGGACGAACUGAUCCAGAGACCUUCGGAUUGUAGUGGAAACCCUGUUAGUCCAUCUCGGGCGGUAGAGCUCUCAUCCUGACGCUAUUGGAGGCGAGCAAACAAGUUACUCUUCGUUUAUUUAUUAGUUCCAUCAGAUAGAUUCCAGGAUUGAUGUAGGCCAUGUAGCUGCAAGCAGGUCGGUGUAGUGUAAACUUCGAAUUCACUCUGAAACUGAUCACGUUGAGGAUGAACCCCGACUAUGCAGCUCCAGCUGAAGUACCAUAUGACGAAUGUACCGUUGAAAACAAACACCUGCAAUGUGCAGGUUUUGUUGGGGAUUGCAUGGUUAAAGAGCACCAAGCAACAAAAGGUCACGAAGGACAUCAUUUCUAA